UUUUUUAUUAUUUUCUGAUUAGCCUUUUCAAUACUUCUUCCAUAAAAAAAAACCAUUCCAUAUUUGAUCUGUCUGUUGGAGAGCAACGUCCUUGCAAAAUCUUUGCAACCGAAAUGAAGAUAGCGGAGCUGGUGUUCAUCCCAUUUCCAGCCAUGGGCCAUGUGGUACCAGCAGUGCAAACAGCUAAACUUCUUGCUGAAUUUGACAAACGAGUUUCCACCACUGUUCUUCUAAUGAAACCAGCUAUUGACUCGAGUACCAUCGAGUAUACCAAGUCACUUGCUGCAUCAACUUUGCCUGAACGUAUGCGAUUUAUUGAAUUGCCUUCUCUUGAUGAACUCAUAUCGAGGAAAGGUAUUUGGCUAGAUUCUUUGAUAGAGGGUCAAAAACCCCAUGUCAAAGAAUUUGUUUCGAAGAUCGUUUCAAAGUCCGAGCUGAGCCCUGAUUCGCCUCGACUUGCUGGAUUUGUUUUUGAUGCGUUUUGCACGGGAAUGAAAGAUUUGGCCGGUGAAUUUGGUGUUCCCUGGUACGUUUUCUCUUCCUCAGGAGCAGCUUUUCUUGGUUGCUUGUUAUAUUUACAGGUUCUUCAUGAUGAGCAGAACGUGGACAUAACUGAGUUCAAGAACUCAGAUGCUAUGUUAGAAAUUCCGAGUUUAGUUAACCCCAUGGCCGCUAGGCUUCUGCCAUCUAUGACGUUUAGGAAAGAUUCGGUCCUUGUUUUGUGUGGCGCUGCUAGAGGGUUAAGGGAAGCUAGUGGUAUUGUUGUAAAUACAUUUAUAGAGUUGGAAUCCCAUGCAGUUAACUCCCUUUCUAAAACUGGCAUCCCACCAUUGUAUCCAGUGGGACCCAUUGUGAACGUGGGGUCAGAUAAAAGCAAUGACAAUAGAGAAAGAGAAAUUAUGGAGUGGCUUGAUGAUCAACCUCCAUCAUCAGUGGUGUUCUUGUGCUUUGGAAGCUUGGGAAGUUUUUGUGUGGAUCAGGUGAAAGAGCUUGCAUAUGCUCUCGAACACAGUGGGAAAAGAUUUUUAUGGGUACUACAAAAACCUUCAAAAGGUAAGAUGGAAUCCGCAAGUGAUUUUCAAGAAACUUUACCCGAAGGAUUUUUAGAUCGAACAACUGAGCUCGGAAAGGUGAUUGGUUGGGCUCCGCAGGCAGAAAUAUUAGCCCACCGAGCUAUCGGAGGGUUUGUUUCGCACUGCGGAUGGAAUUCUAUACUAGAAAGCAUAUAUUUUGGUGUUCCAAUUGCUGCCUGGCCGAUAUACGCAGAACAGCAAUUUAAUGCUUUUCAACUAGUGAUUGAAUUGGGAUUAGGAGGAGAGAUGAAGAUAGAUUACUUGGAGGGUUCUAACAGUGAUGGCUCUGAAAUUGUGAGUGCUGACAGUAUAAAGAAAGGAAUAGAGGGUAUAAUGGAGGACGAUAGUGAAAUAAGAAAACGGGUGAAAAAUAUGAGUCAAGUAAGCAAGCAAGCCUUGACUGCUGGUGGAUCUUCACACUCUUCACUGGGUCGUCUGAUUGCAGAUGUUAUGAGCAAAACUCCAUGAAGUAAUUGAUUUUCCUAGAGGAAAUUAUUUUGAAUAAGAUUUAUAGGUUUAAUUAGCUUUUAUUUAGAGCAGCUUAAUUAAUUGAGGAGAACUUCAGCACGAGGAGGUUUUUCAAUUUUGCAUUAUUGUAAUCUUAAAUUAUUAAGUUUGACAGAUGUAGUGGAGUCAUGAGACAUUUUACAAUUAAGAUGUUGGCUCACAACUUUAUAAUUAGUUUUC